GUACACCCCCCCCCUUCCACCCCCCACACGGUCCCUCGUUUAUAUAGCCGAGCCGGUAGGCGAGAGUCUUUCUCUCCUUCUCUCCUUCGCUCCGACCAGCGCCUCAUCUACACCCACGCACGCUCAGAGCCGCCGCCGCUCCCGCUGCUGCCAUGGACCCAGCUAAUCGCUUCGCGGGAGAGAAGACCAGCUGGAAGGUGUUCGUGUGGAACCCCGAGACGCGGCAGUUCCUGGGCAGGACGGGCUCCAGCUGGUUUAAGAUCAUCCUCUUCUACAUCGUCUUCUAUGGCUUCUUGGCUGCCAUCUUCAUCGGGACGAUACAAGUGCUACUGCUCACCAUCAACAAGUACACGCCUCAGUACCAGGACCGCAUCCUCCCCCCGGGUCUGUCUGUGCGCCCGCAGCCUUUCCGCGCCGAGAUCUACUACUCUCUGUCCGAGCGCCACUCCAUCGAGCUGCACAACAAGAGCAUCAGCUCGCUUCUCGACUCCUACAGCAACGAGAAACAGGCGCAGCUCAUCAAGUGCGGCGAGGAACCCGGCCCCGCACGCCUCUCGGGCCCAGACCCCCAUUCCGCGGAGAGCGCCUGCCGCUUCCAGCGCGAGUGGCUGGGCGACUGCUCGGGGCUCACGGACUCCGACUUCGGCUACUCGAGCGGGAACCCGUGCGUCAUCAUCAAACUCAACCGCGUCAUCGGCUUCCUGCCAGAGGUGCCAAAGAAUGACACCCUGCCCAUCGGGCUAAAAUACCAUCCCAACGUGGUGCCUGUGGCCUGCAACUUCAAGCGCGAGGAGGACAAGGGCAGGAUCAGCGCGAUCCGCUACUUCGGCGCGGGUGGCUACGCGGGCUUCCCGAUGCACUACUACCCCUUCCUGGGCAGCGCGCGGCACGCGGGCUACGUGAACCCCCUGGUGGCCGUGCAGCUCAUGAACGUGACGCGCGACGUGGAGGUGCGGCUCGAGUGCCGCAUCUACGCCAAGAACGUGCCCUUGUCGGCACGCGACCGCCUCGUGGGCCGCGUCGACCUCAAGGUGCUGGUGCGCAGUUAGCGGCCUACCCGCGACCCUCGCCUCCAACUCCACGACCACAGCCUCGCGCGUGGACCCACGCACCGCCCCGCACCGCCCCGCACCGCAUCGCACCGACACGCGCGCGCACGCCCAGGUACGACCUUGUGCCUGCACGCGCGUGUACGCACCUACACCUACACAGGUGCGAACGCCCGUACUCACCUGCGUAGCUUUGCAAUGCGGUGCAGAGCACUCACCGGUACAGCUUGCACACACCUGCACCCACACGCACCUGUACAGGGCACACAUCUGCACUUGCCCGUAUAGGGCUGUACACCUGCAUGCACACCUGCAUAGGACACUUGCCUAUCUAUACCUCCACAGACAUCUUAUCUGUCAUGCGUAUAGGGUGCACGUGUACAGGUCACACACACACGCACACACCUGUAUAGGGUACAGAGUUGUAGCCGCACACACCUGUACAGGAGACUCACCUGUACACGCACGCACCUGUACACAUUUAUACGCACACGGAUAUCGGGCGCUCACCUGUACCUGCACACGCUCAUGUGCAGGGCACACACCUAUACGGACCGUAUAAGGUAUGCACUUGUACCUACAUACAUACAUACACAACUGCACACACCUGUCAAGGGCACAAACCUUUACACACACACACAAUUGCACACACCUGUACUGGGGGACUCACACCUGCACACAUUCUUAGCGACACGCGCCUGUACACAAUUACACAGGUGGUGCAAACACGUAUACCUACAUGUAUAGGGUGCCCACCCGUACACCGCACGCACCUGUACAGUGCUCUGUGGGUUACCAGGCAAGUGUGAACUCCUAGACCAGAUCCAUCUCCUCUUUGCAUUGGCAGAAGGGGUUGAGGAAGAAGCCAACUUUGGCUACAGAGGCAUUUAGCAGCCUCUUACCAUUAUUGUUGAGCUGAUCUGGCCCAUGCCUUCCAAUAACUCCUGCCCAGGUGCUUGCGUCAUGACCCACUCAGGUAUUAAAGUGACGAUCAAAUUCUUGCUAGAAAAAAAACCUCCCACGGCAGCUGGCUGAGACCAAGCUUUAAGCGUUCGAAUGGGGUCUCAGGUGGAAGUGCACCACCACCACCAGCAGCACAGUGGAAGAAGGCAGGCGCAUCCUACAGACAAUCUGGUGGUCAAUGGACAGAUCAGCUCCGCGGUAGACCAUGGUGUCAAGGGUACGUGGGCUCACAGCUCACAUUCACUGUUCCGCCGCUGUGUAGUCCAGCAGAUGUUCUUGCUUGGGUAUGGAAAGCACCCGAGGUGUUGUGUGGAAGAGCGGAUGACGAAUCAGCGUGCUGGUCAUUAAAAGCCCAUUUCCAUGCACAGAAAUCUAGCAGCUGUCCCUCCCCCCACCAUGAUUGUUGAGACGAUCAGAACCCCACUGACUGCGACUUACUCCGACCCAGGUGCUAACUCAGUGGCCCACCUGAGCAUUUAAAAGUCACCCAAAUCCGAGAGGGGCCACUUUAGCGGACACCUGGGAGAAGAGGUCAUAAGGGGAAUCUGACUCAUCAGCCUUGCUUUUGUCAAUCUACCAAUGGUCGUCUUCAGUUGGGGCAGAGGACAACCACCACCGCCACCGUCCCAUGCCUCCUGUGGAUGGAAAUCGUGAGCGGCUUCUCACCGCCACGCUCCCACAGCCCCCCACCCCAUUGAAUUCUUUAUUCAGAAGAGCGACUCCCCAUAAUCCGAUGUUAUCCUGCCCCGAGUCGAGGACUGUCCAUCUCUCAUAGUGACUUGGGAGUCAGAAACCGUCCACCACUCCACCGGACCUUCUGCAUUCGAGAGGUGCAAGUGGUACACCGGACAAGACGAGCGUCAGCCUCUCGUCACGUUCAGUCACUCCACGUGACCAGCCGCAGUGAUUGUCGAUCGCUUCUGGACGCUCUCCGCCAAACAUUGCCCGGUGGCCAAGAGGCAUUGGAGACGCCUCCUGUCCCCCAUUCGGGGCCUCUUGCUUGCUUAGUCAGCCACUGCAUUGGGUGUGAGCACGCCGUGAGGGUGAUCAUCGGCUGACUGACGAGAGACGUUCCCCCACAAUGAUUUUACUCGCAAAACACCACAAAGCUCCAAUCUGGCACCGCAGGCAGUCGGGGAGGACGGUUUGCCAGACGCACACCGAUCACAAAUGAAUCCUUUCCCCCGUAUAGCCCACAUAGGCUGCUUGGGCAAGUGCUGUGAGCGAGCACCAAUGCAGCCCAGAGUGCAGACACACAAAACAGCACCACCACCUAACGACAACAAACAGCCGCCAUUCGCCACUAAGUGGUGGUGAACCUCACCAUGGCGCUUGUGCCAGGCUAGGUGCACCCCCCCCCCACUCACGUACCCAGCUGUGUAAAGUGUUCGUGUCGUGCCGUGUGUGUAACUGUGUCCUCGUGUUUCGUGUCUUUGAAAAUCGACAUCUUAAACAACAAAAAACGAUAAAUUAUAUUACUCGAAUGAUGUACAAGAUUUUAGAAUGAAUAGCAGAAGAAUAUAUAUGAAUAUACUAUAUUACAUAGAAUUAUAUAAUUAGCAUAUAUUUAAUAGGAUAUAGAAUACAUUUUAUUAUAAUUUGACGUCUACAACUAAGUUGAUGAUGUCACGAACAUGACUUCGUUGCUAGCGGCUCGUGUCGAGCGAUGACGUCACAUGUCGUGUACUAUAACGUUACAAAUCAUUGGCGAUUCCGUCACAUGCGCACUAACGUCACCGCUCUGUAUGUGCUGUGCGAUGACAUCAUGGCGCAAUGACGUCGUCAAACAGCACAAUGACGUCACCGCAAUCCAGCGAUGGCGUCACAGGUUAAUACAUUUCGCGCGAGGAAGACGUCAGUCUCCUUUUCAGCACAAACGGCGCAGUGACGUCAGCGAGGCGUGCUGGCAUUGUGACGUCAUCGCGCCCGCCAGCACAAUUGACGUGGCUGCGCGCGGCUCCCUCUCCCGUCCACUGACGUCAUCGCGUCAUACGCGGGGACGUCACAGCCCUAAAUGUCAGCACAAAUUACGUCAUCGUGUGGCGACACUGAGCCGCCGCCGGGGUUAAAACUCCGGCAUUGGGGGGUGGUCAGUAAAGCGAA